UUUGUUGGAGAAGAAGAAACAAAAGGCGCCCUGCAACUGCGCAUGCGCUCCAAAUAUUUUCGCUGCAGCAGAUUUUUCUCUCCUUAAAACAAAAACAUUUCUUCUUCUUAGUGAGUGUAACUUUAUGGCCAAAUACAUGAGGCCCCCAAACUCGUCUUUGUUCGUCAGAAACAUCUCCGAUGAGUCCAGAAAAUGUAAAAGAAUCCAGUUGUGGAACCGGCCACAAAGAGUAACAAAGACCCAUGUAGAAUAGCUGUAAAGACAAGUCUCACAGACCUUCAGGAUCAGAGGGAGGGAAAAGGUUGAAAAGAGAAAGUAAAGCAUGAAGAGGAAAAGGGAACGAAGUCAAGGCUUGGAUAUGGCGGCAAAGAAUUGGGAAAAGAAAAAGAGGUAUAAGAGGAAAAGGCAAGCAGGAGUCCAGAGUCUCUGUGGGAGUCGAUUAAAGAGUGUAAAGAUCAAGAUGAAGUUCAAAGUCAAGCAUGGGCAAAGCAAGUUUGAGGAUGUGCGCGAUGCAGAGGACGCUCUUCACAGCCUGGACAGGAAGUGGGUUUGUGGCCGGCAGAUUGAAAUCCAGUUCGCCCAGGGAGACAGAAAGACACCCAAUCAGAUGAAGUCCAAGGAGAGGCAUUCUCCAGGCAGAUCCUCUCGACACGACGACCACGAUCGGGACAGCCGGCGAAGGCGUUCGCGCAGUCGCAGCAACGACCGAUACAAAUCACGCAGCCCCUCUUAUGAUCGCCAUCGCAGACGAUCGGAGAGUCCUCCUCGCAAUUCUCGUGCACAGAUGUAUACCAGAGGAAGAAGCAGGAGCCGUGAUAAUGAAAGAUACCGGCAGAGGCCUCGGAGAGAGUCCAGAGGGAGAUCCCGCUCCAAAUCUGCUUCUCCACGAGAAAACGCCAACCCAUCAUCGUCUUCCCAUUACCCCGUGGAAGAAGUGCGACGGACCCACUCCCCUUCCCGCUCCAGGUCCCGCUCUGCAUCAAGAUCACGCUCUCGUUCUCGGUCCCGAUCCUGGGCCGGACGCAAGUCAGGAGGACGCUAAGAAAGUACCCCCCCUCUAUCCACCGUUAUGUCUGAUGCACCCGACUUGGUUCAUUUGUCAAAUGUUUGUUUUGACAUGAAUGUAAUGUCCGCUGAACCAUUUGUAGGAAGCUUGUUUUCGCAGCUCUGUUUUAAGAAUAAUGCCGGUCCUUCGCUUGGUUUUAUAAAAUUGUAUUUGUGAAAUUUCCCCCGGUAGAAAUAUGAAACUGCGGUUUUGGUGUUCAGUGGUAGUUGGCCAGGAUUAAUCAUCUUUUUUAUAAUGUUACUGAUAAUUUUGUUUUCUAAUCCCUAUGCAUCCAUUUUUGCAAAAAAUAACAUUCAGUAUUUAAAAUUGAAUCUGGUGAAAAACCAAGCCAGCGUUUCUGUGUGUCUUACCUGAAAUAAUUUACUUUAAACCUGACUGCUGAACCGAGCAGUAGCAUCAAGUAUUAAAGUACUGCGGCUAAAAUACACAGAAUCACUGCUAUAGUCCUAAAGUGUUAAGAUGUUAUCGACCAGUGAACAGAAACUGUUUAAAAUGUACAGUCAUUGGUUGAAAUUGUGUGUGUUUUCUGUACGAUUAUCAAAAAGGUAUUUUAUUUUUGGAACAUUUCUCCAAAUUUCUCUCAUGAGGAGGAUCAAAAGUUUUCUGUUGGUGUUUACACGGCCGUGUUGAUGGUUUUUCAUUUAAUCCUGUCACUGCAUGUUUAAUACUCCUGAUCUUCUGCCUUUAUGAGGAAGAAACUGUUAUUUUGAGUAAUAAAUGGAUAACGAUCAGAAUAAGGAA